AUGGGAAGCAAACCUUCACCUUGCCGUCAAUUACACUUUGAAGAAUUCAAAGAGCAAGAGGAGGACUUUGACAUUGUUAAUGAAGGCAACAUACAUGAUAUUGAGGAGACGAGUGGGCUCAACUCUGUUAAGGACUUGAAUAAAAUCCACUCAUCUAUCCCUAAUGAAACUAUUCCACACAUAGGCAUGGAGUUUGAAACUGAAGAUCAGGCUUGGCAAUACUAUUUGGCAUAUGCCAAACUAGUUGGAUUUGGUGUUAGAAAAAGUAAAAGCCACAAUGACAAGUAUGGCAAAUUGAUUGCUAGGACAUUUUGUUGCAGCGCUGAAGGAAAACGGGGAAAAGAUAAACAAGAUGGUAGCGUGAAAGCCCCUCGCCCAAAAACAAGGUGUGGUUGUUUGGCACGAAUGAAAGUUAAUAGUCGCCAAACUGGCAAGUUCCGUGUGAUUGAAUUUGUGGUAGAGCAUAAUCAUUACCUUUCAAGUCCAAAUAAAACUCAUCUAUAUAGAAGCCACAGGAGUAUUACUUCUAACUUAGCUGUUGACAUUGAAAUGGCACAUAAUGUUGGAAUAGCACCAAAAGUAGCUCAUGAGCUUAUGGCUAGGCAAGCUGGUGGAUGA